UGAAAUAGUGAUUAGAUAAUUUAAUGGAAUAUUUUGAUUUAUAGCUUAUAAAUCAUAAACACCCUUCAUUCUCGCAAAUGAAUCUCAUUUUUAAUUGCAAACUUGAUCAUUCGGUUUAAUCAUGUCCCAGCUAAGUAAGCCUAGUAUUGAUUUUGGUUUGAAUUUCUUAAAACAAAUUAGUUCUCAAUGUGACUCAAAAAAUGUACUUUUAUCACCUUUAAGUGUUAUUAUUGCCUACUGUAUGGCAUUGGAUGGAGCUGCUGGUGAAACAGAGCAACAGAUCAAAGAGGUUCUCAACUUGGAUACAAUUGAUAGUCAAGAUAUUUCUGAAAUAAUCAAACAGGUUAUUGAAAGCUAUCGGAUAUCUGCAACUGAUGGAUCUGAACAAAAAUGCAUUCUAGAGUUCGGUAAUUUACUUAUGACCAAUAAAGAUUACAAGUUUCAGGAAGCUUAUGUUCAAAAUUUGCAAACUAACUAUUCUGCCAAUGCAUUCAAUGAGGAUUUUAAUGAUGGCCAAAAUAUUCUGGAAAAAGUCAACUCUUGGGUUUCUGAAGCUACAAGAAAUAAAAUUUCAACGAUUCUCAAUGAGUCUCCAGAUCCAAAUGCUAUUCUGUUGCUUUUGAACACAAUCUAUUUUGAAGGAAAAUGGUUGAAACCUUUCUCUCAAGAUCGUACAGAUGAUAAAAUAUUCAACAAUUCAGAUGGAACGACAGUCAAGACUAAGAUGAUGACCUUUUCAGGGAAAAGCUUCAACUAUGUUGACCGACUUGAUAAAAAAUUGAAGAUUGUCGAGAUUCCAUAUGUUGGAAAUAUUAGCAUGAUAUUGAUCCUUCCAACUGAGGACAACAAUUUAAAAAAGGUGAUUGAUAAUUUGGACUCAACUGAGCUUUCCAGUUUGAUGGAGUCUAUGAAAAAGACGCGUUUGGAUACUUUAACGAUACCGAAAUUCAAACUGGAAGAUGAUCAUGAACUACACAACAUUUUACCAAGCAUGGGAAUGACUUUUCCAUUCCAUAUGAAUUCUGAGUUUCCAAAAAUUAUUGAAGGAUCUUUACCAAUCUUCAUUUCCCAAUCUAUUCAAAAGGCUGUAAUUGAAGUGUUUGAAAAAGGUACCACAGCGUCAUCGGCAACUGUAGUUGGAUUCAAGCUAAAAAGUUUCACUCUUCCUUCACUCAAAAAAAUCAUCACAUUUAUAGCUGAUCGACCUUUUAUGUUCUUUAUUCGUGAUAACGAAAGUGGAGUCAAUCUAUUCAUGGGUCAAUUGAGUAACAUGACUCACCAACAGUCUCUGUGUUCGCAAUGUGAUUCAACAAAUGUAAUUUUAUCGCCGUUAAGUGUUAUCAUUGCCUAUUGUAUGGCAUUGGAUGGAGCCGCUGGUGAAACAGAGCAACAGAUCAAAAAGGUUUUCAACUUGGAUAAAAUAAAUGGCCAAUCGGAAGAUAUUUCUGGAUUAAUCAAACAGCUUAUUGAAAACUAUCGGAAACCUGCUACUUAUAGACCGACACAAGAAUCCAUUCGAGAUUCUAGAUCAGUUUUUUCUCUAACGGAUUUUGGUAGCUAUCGGAUACCUGCAACUUCUAGAUCGAGCCAAGAACCCAUUCUUAAGUUUGGUAAUUUACUUAUGGCCAAUAAAGAUUACAAAUUUCAGGAAGCUUAUGUCCAAAGUCUUAAGACCAAUUAUUUCGCUGACGCUUUUAAUGAGGAUUACAAAGAGGGCCAAAAAAUAGUAGAAAAAGUGAAUUUGUGGGUUUCUAAAAAUACAAAAAAUAAGAUCACUUCUAUUCUCGAUGAGCCUCCAAGUCCAGUUGAUGUUCUGUUUCUAGUGAACACAAUCUAUUUCGAAGGAAAAUGGUUGGAGCCUUUCCCUCAACAUCGUACAAGAGAUGAUAUAUUCAACAAUUCAGAUGGAACGAAAAUCAAGACCAAGAUGAUGACCCUCAAAUUCCAAGACUUCAACUAUGUUGACCGACUUGAUAAACAAUUAAAGAUUGUCGAGCUUCCAUAUGUUGGAAAUAUUAGCAUGAUAUUGAUCCUUCCAACUGAGGACAACAAUUUAAAAAAGGUGAUUGAUAAUUUGGACUCAACUGAGCUUUCCAGUUUGAUGGAGUCUAUGAGUAUGACGAAUUUGGAUACUUUAACAAUACCGAAAUUCAAACUGGAAGAUAAGCAUGAACUACACAACAUUUUACCAAGAAUGGGAAUGACUCGACCAUUCGAAAUGAAUGCUGAAUUUCCAAGAAUUAUUGAGGAGCCUCGACCAUUAUACAUAACAAAAUCAAUACAAAAAGCUGUAAUUGAAGUAUUUGAAAAAGGCACUAUAGCGUCAGCGGCAACUGUGGUUGGACCCAUGCGAACGAUGGCUUCUGCGCCCCAAAGACCACUCAUCGAAUUUAUAGCCGAUCGGCCUUUUAUGUUCUUUAUUCGUGAUAACAAAAGUGGAGUCAAUCUAUUCAUGGGUCAAUUGAAUAACAUGACACGCCAACAGUUUCUUUGAAAAUUCUUUUGAUAUUGCACAAGUACGAAACUUAUUAGAAAUUGUUGUAAACAAUUUCAUAAGAAUAAACUGAACUUAAAAUUUA